ACGACUCUGAUAACGACCCACUACAUUAACGCUGAAAAUGUUAGAAAACUUUAGUUACACUUUAACUGUCUUUGGUUUUUCUUGAACGAAGAAGAUCUCAAGCUUUCAUUCUACAUUUUUUCGUUGAAGAUGAUCGACCCAGUUCUCUACGCGAAUCACAAUUCUUUGCAAACUAGAGACGCUCGCUACGUCGUGGAUCACUAUUUCCAUCGUCUGAAAUGGCGCUCUCGAGAAAACAUCUUAGACGUGGGGACUGGUGAUGGACAAGUCUUGUUCGAAAUAGCGCUCCCUCGCGUGCCUUCAGAUUUCCAGAAAUUAGUGGCUGUGGAUAUCGACGAAGACAUGCUGAGUCAUGCUAGAUCCAGAUGCAAAAAUUACUCAAAUGUCGAACUUUUGCAGCUCGACAUAGCAACCAAGAACUUACCCGGAAGACUCCGAGCCAACUUCGACCACGUUCUUUCGUUCUAUUGUCUCCAACUAGUGAAAGAGCAGAGAAAAGCGUUCGAAAAUUUGUUUGAGUUGUUGAAACCCGGAGGAGAAAUUUUGUUGACUGUCAUAAGCAACCAUUUGGUGUUUGAUGUGUAUGAGAAACUGUCGACUUUGAAGAGGUGGCAGCCGUUCAUGGCCAAUUUUGGCGACGUCGGACCCUAUAAUCGGUCUGUCGAUGCCGUCCAAGAGGUGGAAGGAACUCUUCAGGACGUCGGCUUUGUCGAAUACAAGUGUGAGCUGAUAAAUGCGCACCAUAUUAACGAUUUUGACGAAUUCUGGUUGUGGGCUUCAGCGGUGAAUCCGUUUAUUAAGAAAAUUUCCAAAGAAGAAAUGGGUCAGUACAAAGAGGACUACAUGAACGAAGUCAGAAAACAUCGACGAGUGACCAUAAAAAUGAAAAAUGGAAAAGAAGAUACGAUCAGAGUCGAUUAUCAAUUUUUAGUGGUUUUUGCAACCAAACCGUAACUCGUAGGAAUUUUCGGUUACUUGCUAAUUAAAAAAUUUGUGUUUGGAUCUUAAAAUAGACACAAUGCACUUUUAUGUAAAUCAGGUCGAAAGUUCGACCUAGAACCACAAUGUAUAGUAUUAGCGUAGAUUGCUUUUAAUAGCGUAGAUACCACUUGCAAUCUACCUACGUAUUUGUUGUAG